CCCCAACGCUAACACGACGCAUGCUCAGAACGAUACACUCACUAUGUCUCAGAAAAGUAUCUCGCUACCCUCCGUCCUCACACCGUUCUCUUCAGACAUUUACUCGUCCCUUGCAUUCUUCACCGGGCACACCUAAGCCCCAUAGCGCAGAGAGCUACUUCAAAGAUGUAGAUGAAACAGCUCCACAAGACCCUACAAUCCACUGCGUCGACGCCGCAUCAGAUGCAGUGCAGCGUCCCUAUCAGCCACCUUCAGGGGAGUGGAGUCUGGCGGGGGUCAGGACCAGCGAGUAUGAACAUGUUAGCAAAGACAAGCCGCAUGACGUGCCCAAUGAGCAAGCAAAUGAGACCAAAAUGAGAUACGGUGGCACCAAGAAACUAUAUCCUGAGACUAGUCGUCCUGGGGAGGGUUCAGAGGGUCAAUCGAAGGGAGGACGCAAACCAGAACGAAGUCCCUGAACAUAAGUUUGUCUCGGUAUUGAUACACCACAGCUUCGAUGGGUAUGAUAGGCGUACUGCACGUGUAACGUUAGUAGGAUGUAUGUAUUAUGGAGCAUUUGGCGUUGUAGUUGUACAAAUAUGUUUUUAUCUGUAGUCGAGUGUCUUCUUCGGCGUUCAUGCAAUACCAAUAUUUACACUCACCUUUA